AUGGCUAUCGAAUCCAAAACUACAACUUUUUCCAAGGAGGAAGAUAUCAGAGAGGAAGAGGAAGAAAUGGCAGACAUAACUGAAUAUUAUCUAGAAUCAUUGUUAAGUGAUGCCUUCAAAGGGAAAGGAUUUCAGAAAAUAAGUGAAAUGAUACAAGAAAAAGACAAAUAUGUUCCUCAGAAGUGUAAGAAACCAUUAUUAAAUCAACUUGACCAAGCUCUAAAAAAGGAAUUGGACAAAAAUGAAUUUUGGAAUGUUUCCCUACUGUUGAAAUGCAUUCAGCUGUACUGUAGAAGUGAUCUUCAGGAAAAUAUAAAUCUGCUUCUUCAGCAAGGAUUGAUACCAAAGAUGGUUACUUGGUUUGAAAGGACAAGAGAAUUUCUGAGCCUGAUAGAAGUCAAAGAAAGCAUAUACUUGGUAAAUCUUGUUGGGGACUUAUGUGAUACAACCUUGAUUAUUGGCAAAAGCAGCACUGAAGGAAGAAAGCAGUUGCUUGACUCCUUCAGACAACACCUGGGACAUUUAGCCACAGAAUCUAAUGUGAAUUGUGCCCUUCAACAGGAGGAGAGCACUUUUGAUCAGUUUGGGAUAGCUAAGCUUUGUUUCCUGUCUUUUUCUUUAUUUCUUUCAAUCACUGAAACCAAGGCUCUGAGAACAUUAAAUUCAUUGUUGGCUAAUGUCACCCGUGAGGAGAAGAAGGCAUUUGCUGCCUCUGAAGAGAUGUGCUUGCUUAUGAAGGAACUUGUGAAAACUAUUCAGGAAGUUGGUGACUAUGAUAUUCAGGUUGCUCUUGUUGAAGCCCUGUUUAGGCUGAUGUUGAAAAAGCAGCGAGAUGAUCUGGUGCACAGUUGGUUUGAAGAUCAAUAUAUCACUAAGGCUUUUAAAGAAAUCAAGGAUACAGAGUUUGAGACUGAUAGCAGAAAGUUUCUUAAUGAACUAAAUGAAAGACUUGGUGAUAAAAGAAGGUAA